CUCAAGUACACAAAUAAUUAGAAUAACAAAUUAGUUGAAAUGGUGGGAAGUGUUUCAAAUUCAAUUAUUCCAAAAUGGCUUGAAGUGCUUUUGAGUGAAAAAUUCUUUAAUUCAUGUUUGGUUCAUGAAUUUGAGAAAAAGAAUGAAGAAAAUGCAUUUUGUUUGGAUUGUUGCCUUAGUUUAUGCAUCCACUGUUUGCCUUCUCACCAAAGUCACAAACUUUUGCAGAUAAGAAGGUAUGUUUAUCAAAAUGUUUUGCGCUUGAAAGACAUUGACAUACUCCUAGAUUGCUCCUUUGUUCAAUCAUAUACAACAAACAAUGCUAAAGUAGUGUUCUUGAAUCAAAGGCCAAUUAAAAGACAAUUCAUCAAGGUCUCAGCUAAUUACACUUGUAAUCAAUGCAACAAAAGCCUUCAAUGCCCAAAUAUUUUUUGCUCCAUCUCAUGCAAGGUACAUUAUAUGAUAAGCCGCUCUAUUGUUAGCUCGAUUAUAAAGUACGAAAAGUUGAUAAAUAAAUCUGAAUGUUUAGUGGAACUUAUUGAAAAUCAAAAUACAACUUACUCCAUAAGAGCUUCUUGUGGCUCAAUCAAUAUCAAGACUGAGACCACUCGUGACUAUGAAGAAACCAAACAUACAUCUCUUAGUGUGUCGAUUUGUUCAUCAAUAUCUGAUGGUUCAUACACACACCGCCGAAAGGGUGUGCCAAAAAGGUCUUCCUUGUGUUAGGUUUUUUUUAUCUUGGGAAUGUGUUGUUUGCAAUGUAUCAUUUUCUUUUGGAGGACUUAAAUAGAAAG